CUUUAGAUAAGUCGGUCAUCCGUCCAACUUUACGUUGAGCAUGCACUCAAGAACAGGAUUGUGUUGCUUUUUUGUUACAAGUUAAGAAAUAGAGCGACGUUGUACAUCACUGUAAUUGUUUGUCACGUACGUAAGAUUUUCAUAAUUAAAAUUCUCUGGUGAACUCCGGAGACUUCUGGCUGGAUCUUCUAAGGAAGUUGUGCAUGUUGGUUCAUUGAACGAAUGGAAUGGCUCACACUCGAAUUGUCACGCACUCAAAUUGUAUAAAUGCAUGCGAUUCUUGGGACACUCUAGUUUUAGACGAGCUUUAAAAGUAUCUGUCCCGUUCAAGUUCAUGAAAAUCGAGAAAAUAAUUGUGGAGAAUUGUUAAUUGUGAAGGAAAGUGCAAGUAGUGCAAGCGGAUCGUAAUGGAAGCUAGUAUGCUGACCAACCACUCCGCUGGAGUCAAUAAUCCCAUACGCCUGGGAUUAUCUCAAACACAGUUUGAAAAUGAGGUCACUUCUUCAGGAAUCUUAACGACAGCAGAGGCAUGGGGCUGGGCGUUCUUGUUUGUGACCAUAAUCAACAUGUCUUCCGUAAUGGGAAUAAUAUUCUUCCCUUUGAUGAAGAAAUCGUACUACACACUUAUCAUGCGUAUGAUGAUAGGAUUGGCGAUUGGUUCCCUGUCAGGAUCGUCGCUAUUUCACCUCAUACCUGCCGCGUUCGAUUUGGGGGAGAAGAACGACAAGGGACAGAGCUACAUAAAUAUAGCUCUGUUUAUAUGGCUUUCCAUGUGGAUUGUUAUGCUCUUGGAGUGUACAAUCAAAAUUGUUGUAAAAAUACGGGCUGUUAAGUCAGAGAGGAAAUAUCAGCGAAAAUGCAUAAUGGCUGCCGAAGCAGACACAAAUCUUGGAGGAGGAGACAUACCCUUGCAAAUUAGUUCUCAGCUCAAUAUUCCAUUUUCCAACGGGAACGCACCCACUGAUGGCCUUGAGGAGGAGGAUGAAAACAACGAAGAUGAUGAUGCAACCCCUGCGACAAAUUCGCUCAAAACGAGUCACGCCAAUCUACCCGUCUACCACAGCACCUUCAGCCUGAACAGAACAGCAAUCGAGGCCGUCGGAGGGGAUUUGAAACGACCACAAACCAUCAAAACCGUCGCGUGGCUUAUCAUCAUUGGGGACAGUUUGCACAACUUUAUUGACGGUGUGUCAAUUGGUGCCGCAUUUGUCAAGGAUUUUCGAACAGGGGCUAUAAUUUCUAUGGCCAUAAUGUGCGAAGAGUUUCCUCAUGAAUUGGGAGACUUUGCCAUCCUCAUCAGCUCCGGAUUCAGUGUGAAGAAAGCACUUCUGGUCAAUUUUCUCUCAGCCCUCACGUGCUAUCUCGGCAUGGGGCUGGGAAUUCUGCUGGGGGAGAUUCACUGGUCAAACUAUAUCUUCGCGUUUGCAUCAGGGAUAUUUCUCUACGUCAGUUUGGCUGACAUGGUGCCAGAAAUUACGUCACUGAUUGAAGAAGUAAGCGAGGUCCAACCAAAGCAGGCUUGGAGCGUUCUUCUCACCCACAAUAUCGGAAUACUCACGGGAAUCACGAUUCUCUAUGCGCUUGCAGCAUUUCAGCCCAAGUAGUAGCACGGCAAAGAAAUGUGUAACAAACAUACUUCGAUUGUGCUCUGCUCCGUAGUUUAGAAAUCGAAGAAUGGAUCAUAGCACAUGCAUGGUUAUUCUGUUUUUAUGGGUUUUUGUUAUUGUAAGAGAGCAAUAAUAUUUCAGGCAUUAACGAACAUUUGUACACAGCAUUUGUAAAUCUUCUUAUAUGUAAUUCAACCAGGAAUUCAG